ACAAAGCCACCACUAGCACCGAAACCAAAGAUUAUUGGUCAUCUUUCUCCAGUAGCUGUCUCCAAAUUUUCUCCUUCACUGCCAAGGGCUGAUAUCCUUCAUAACCCAAACUCUAUGUCUAGGGGUCCCAAACCACCUAUUGCUCCCAAGCCAAAAUUCUCAGCUGACACUGAGGGUAAAUCCAGCGUUUAUACCAACAAUAACUUAAAUAAAUGCUCAAAUGGGAAACUGGUAUGUCUUGAUGGAGAGCUGUAUGAAGGAAACCAAUGCAGUGCUGAUUGCCCAGAAUCUGAGGCAGAUAACGAAUACAUUGUAGUUCCUGAAGCUCAGCUGACUAGCAAAGACUGUAAUGACUUGGAACAUGAGCAUGAUCGGCAUCUAGGUUCCUCUGUGGAAAAUGAAGUCUCAGAAACUCCAGAAGAAGUAGAGAAGGAAGAGGAUAACAUUGCUAAUGAUGAGGAUACCAGUAAUCAAGAAGUCACUGAAGAUGAACACCGUAACUCUUCAGAUAUUGGUGAACCAAUGGGACCAGAUGCUGAAGAGUCAACUAGAGACUAUGACCAGUCCGAAGCACUUUGUGAGGAGUCCUCAGAUGCCCCUGAUGGGCAUAAUGAUGCUUCCAAGAAUGUAGAUGAAGAUGAGGACGUUGUAGGUGAUUGUAGUGAAACCAAAAUCAAGGAGGAAGCUUCUAACAACCUGGAACUGGUUAAGGACAAUAGUGAUUGUAAGACUGACAGUGAUAACAUUUUGAAUAGAGAUGAGGAACUAAUGGAUGGUAUCUGUAAAGAUACCAUUGUACUGCCACUGCCCACAGAUGAAUCAAUCCCAGGUUGUGAGAAGGUAGGGCAGGAGGAGGGGGAACUACCUGAGAUUUUAGAAAAGGGAGAUGCAUGUCUAGCCCAUGAUGGUGACCAGAGUGUGCAUGCAGAGCUUGAUUUGAACAUGGAAGGGGAGUUAGAAAAUGAUGACUGUGCAAGCCCUGACAUGCUCCCCGAUGAGGCCAGUGAAGAAACAGCUCCUGGCUUAGAACCGUGUGAAGACGAACCCAGUGCUGAAAAUGGUUUAGGAGAGUCCAUCCAUGAAGCAGCAGCUGAAGAGGAGGAAGCAGACCCAGAUGAGCACAAUAAUACAAACACAGGAAAUGCCAGUGAUGGCUGCCAGAUCACUGAGGGGAGAAGUGAGGAGAAGACAUCAGAGGUAGCCUUUGAAGCAAGGAAAGACUCUGGGAAAGGGGAAGAAGAAACUGUGAAUGCAGAGAAUAUGGAUGAUGGCUGCCAAAUUGCUCCUUGUGAGAAUGAAUGUGGUGAGGAAGUAUCCAUGGAGCAUUCAGAUGAGAAUCUUCAAACAGAAGGGACUUCUCUGGAUGUAGAUGGUGUGAUAUCUGAUAAUCUACCUAGUAGUCCAGGGAUGGAGCCAGAGCUGGAAGAUGCAGCUGUUGAAGAGCAUGGUGAAAGUAUUGUGGAAACCUCUAAGUCAGAUGAGCUGCAACUUGAAGACAAUAAGGUGGAAGCAAACAGCCUCAGCAAAAGUGUCCCAAGUCCAGCUGAACAGGUCCCACUUGAGGAAGAGUUAGAAGUCUGUAAGCAUGGCAAAAUGGAUGUAGAAUGUGGGACCAAACAUGUCUUGCAUGAAAAUCUAGCAGUCCCUGAAGUGGUCAUUGUGCCUGAAGAAUCAGAGGAAAGAGAAACUAGCAGUGAUUCCCUAGAUGACCCUUAUGUGCUUCCCGCAGAAAAUGAAAUUGCUCAUGAUGGGCAGACUGAUUUAGGAGCUGAUCAGAGCAAAAGGGAUGAAUUAGGCAUGGAUGGUGAAAACAACUUGCUGCCCAUUGAUCGUAAAAGCAUUGUCACUAGAACACGGUCGCUGUCUGGGAAAAUGCCAGGCUAUGUCCCAGAAACAGUUCCAGAAGAAAAUGGACCUGAAACUGAUUUACCAUCUUCCCGCAAUGGCUCUGGGACAGAAGAUUUAAGCAAUAAUUUAUUUUCAGUGGAAGGAAAACCAGUGGAAGCCAACAGGGCAUUACCAACCAAGUCAAGACGUUUCAUUUUGUAUCCUCGAUCUUACUCUGUUGAAGGAAGAGAGAUACCUGUGUCUGUUUACAGAGAAAAUGAUGGCUGUGUACUGGAUGAUGGUAGAAUAAAAAGGACAGAAGACAACUUGUCUUUGCCUUGUGUCAAUGGUUCCUCAGGUAGUUUUUCCCAGAGAAAUCAUCUUUCGUCAUGUGGCGUAUCUACGCCAUCCUCAGUUGUUGAUAUACCACCUCCUUUUGAACUCGCCUACAUCACCAAAAAGCCAAUCACUAAAAGUUCCCCUUCACUUUUGAUAGAGAAUGACUCACCUGAUAAGUAUUCCAAGAAAAAGAAAUCUUCCUUUAAGAGGUUCCUCACUCUAAAAUUCAAGAAGAAAACUGAAAGUAAAGUCCAUGUAGAUGUUAAUGUUUCCUCUUCAAGGUCCUCAUCAGAGUCCAGCUAUCAUGGGCCUCUGAGGCUGAUGGAGUUGGACAGGAGGAGCCUAAGUAGCUCACCUCAACUAAAAUCACAUGUGGGGAAGCUCCGUGCAUCUGAGUCUCCCUCAGCUGUUCUUUUCUAUAAGGAUGGUAAAAGAAAAGGAACACCCAAGUCCUUCAACAUUGCUGCUAUGAGCUCUGACUAUGAAAACAUACAAAUUCCUCCUCGAAGAUCUACCAGAGCAGGAACUUUUACUGAGUUUUUUGAAGAUCCCAGCAGGGCAUUAUCUGCUGCUAAUGAGAAUGACGGCUAUGUGGAUAUGAGCAGCUUCACUGGCUUUGAGAACAAGCAGCAAACCACAGACCAGGAAACAGAAAGUGCCUACACUGAGCCCUACAAGGUGUGCCCAGUCUCUGCGAUACCAAUGGAGGUUGUCACAUCAGAUGAAGAACAGAAGAGUUCAGAAGAUGAUGACAGCAGCCUGAGUGAUCCCAGCCUCAUCAAGAAAGAAGGCCAGUCCAGAGCUUACCUCAUUGCCCAGGAGCUGAUGUCUUCAGAAAAAGUAUAUGUGGAGAUGCUCCAGCUGUUACAUAUGGAUUUCUAUGAAGGUAUCUUGAAAGUUCUUGGAGAAGAAGAUGAAAAGGAACAGGAAGAAAUUACACUCAAGCAGGGCUUAAGUGAACUCCCUGAAAUUUAUGAAUUACACCAAGACAUCCUGAGAGAACUGGAAGAAAGAGUCCUUAAAUGGGAGGAACACCAGAAAGUUGCUGAUGUUUUUCUCUCCAGAAAAUCAAGGCUGAAUCACCACACAGCAUACAUUAUGCAGUUUGAUAUGAAUUUGGCUUUGCUAGAUGAAACUUGCCUUAAAUAUUCCCAACUGGCUACCAUAAUUCAGGAGUUUGAG